UUCCACUUAUCUUGGAUACGGGAACUUUCUUUUUUUUUAGGGGGUUGCCUUCCAAAAAGUUUGGAAAUCAUUGCGCAGUCUUGUUAAUACAGUGGACCAAUACAAUUUCGACCAAUCGUAAAGAACAUACGCCAAUAUGGCGGUACAACUUACGACCAAUGGGAUCCUUACCUAUUGGACAGAAUUAUUUACGUUUACACCUUCGAGUUGCACGGACAAUAUAUUGUAUUGUUAUGCGUAGAAGUACGCGUGUGCUCGAUCGUGUGCGAAGUUUUUCAUUUAUUGUUUAGAAGUUUGUUUAUUGAUGUUUCUUUAAAGAAAGGAUUUAUAUUUAUUUUUACAGUUCACUUUGAUCGGGCAUUAUAAACGAUAUAUACAUGUAUACAUAUAUUUCUUAGCUGUUAAUGUAUAUACAAAGAAAGUUAGGUUAAGUCGUUCAAAGUAGUAUUGUCAGAAACACAAAGAAAAUAUUCGUGCACAAUGGAGACCGAUAUAGUUGGCUGGGAAAUAGUAACAAAUAAUGUUGAAAAUAGAAUGAUAAAUAUGUCUUUGACGCAUAAAUUGAUACCGUACAGAAAAUUGAAACGCAGAACUAAAGCGAUGAAUAUUGCAAUUAAACAGUACCACAAAAUGAUAACGUACAACAACUAUAUUAAAAUUAAAACUUCUAUACUGCGGAAUAUAUCGGAUGAUAAUCAAACCGACGACAGUGUUACUUUCUCAGAUGACGACUACAAUAACGUGUACGAUUCUAGGUUAUCUUUAAAAAGAUAUAUGAGGCGGCGAAGGUCUGCAAGAACCUCAGACGAUUCUUACGAAAUAGGAUAUGAUGGGGAAGAAAAUGAUAUUUUUCGCGAUGCAGUAAAUAGAGAAAGAAGUAUCAAAAAGUCAAAGAAUAAAUCUUCAGAAAUUGUGAACGUAGGUUGGCAGGAUGUCAUUAAAAAAAAAAAAUGUACCAGUCCACUGUUUUUUGAAAAAGGGUACGUUCAGAAAGACAAGCAACAUAAUUUAAAUAUACCUGAUAAGAAUGCUAAAGAUACUACGUAUCAAAAGACCAAAGUGUCAGCGAGCGAUAAAACAUGUAUUACAGAGAAAAUUAUAGAUCCACCUGUUAAAGCAAUAGAUUCAAAAACCAUAGCGCACAGUAUUACUCCACCAAAGAAAGUAAGAAGAAACAGCAUUAAAUCAAUAAAAAAAACAGAUUUAGUAACGAAUGAAAUCGAUGAAAGACUUCAACCGAUAGAAAGUUGUUAUAAAAUAUGUGAAAGGAAUUCAGCGCAGAAAAGAAAAAAAAAAAAUUUAAUGCCUCUGUUUGAUGACAGUAAUGCAACCCAAAUUGAUAAUGAUUCUUCUACUAAUAUAAAAGCGCAGUUAGAUCAGAAUCAAUCUAAUUGUUUCACCUCAAAACCAAAUAUUCAACAGUCUUUGGAUGUUGGCAGUACAAAUCACCCAAAAGAUUCAGGUAUUGAAGAAGAUACAGAAGAAGAAGUCCCGGUACGUGCAGAGAGAAUUCAUAAAAAAGGACAUAAGAAGAUUCAAAAAGCUUGUCAAAGUAUGGAAGUUACUUCUAGUUUAGAUUGUCGAAAUAACUCUGAAGCAAAAACAACUCCUGACGGUAAUUUGAUGUCCGAUGAUAACGAUGUGUUAGAUAAUAUGAUAUCAGAGGAUCGUGAUACAUCGGAUAAAAUGGUAUCCAAUGAUUCUGGUGCAUCGGAUAAAAUGAUAUCCAAUGGUCAUGAUGUAUCAAAUGAAAUGGUAUCUGAUUGUCAUGACACGUCAAAGGAAGUAGAAUCCAAUGAUCGCAAUACACUGGAUGAAACGGUAUGCGAUGUUCAUAGCACAUCAGAGAAUGUAGGAUCCAACAAUGACAAUAGAUCGGAUAAAAUGGUAUCUGUUUGUCAUAACACAUCGGGAGGAGUGGAAUCGGAUGAUCACGAUAUGUCAGAUAAAAUGAAAUCCAAUGACCACGACGCAUCAAGUAAAAUGGACUCUCAAGAUACAACAGUGGUUACAACUGAAAUUGUGGAUGAUGGAAGAAAGCAACAAGACAGUGUACAAAAGCAAACAAGACUGCAACCCAAAGUAACUUCUACAGAAAUUAUUAAUAAAAAGUAUAGAAUCGUAUCAUGCAAUUCAUCGCUGCUGGAUGAUUGUUCAGAUUCCGAAUUAAGCAUGAAAUAUGAUUCCAAUGAAAAAUUAUCGAAAUCUGUGGCAACAGAGAACAGUAUGGAAGACAGUAUGUCACCUCUGAGCAAGAAACGUUUACAACAAUUAAGAAGAUUAAAUUUAACUAUGGACAGCGAGUCUAGCCUCAGCGAAGACGAUGACGCGUGUUGCAACACAGAAAAUAUGAGGGACAAGUUACUCAAACGUUCUGAAGAGUCUUGCAAUUCCUCAAUCAAUGAAGAUGAAAAUAUAAAUUUCAGGAGUCCUGUGUUGAUCAAAUUUGAUAAAAGUAUAACACGUAGAAAUUAUAAGCUUAGAAAACAUAAAGAGAAAGAAAAUUCAUGUUCAUUUAUGGUACACGAGAAACGCGCCAAAAGUAAAAAUUUGUCCCACAGUGAAGAAUUCGGUCAAUCGUUGAAAUUUGCAGAUUCUAAUGAUACUUUGACGCAGUGUACGCCUACUCGGAAUAAGUCUUGCUCGAAAAACGAUCGGCAUGAAAGAAUUUCAGAAAACUCUUCGACAAAUAUUAUGUACUAUUCGGAUAAAGAACGCAACAGUUUCAAACAAUAUUCAACAAUUACAGACGAAUCGUUACAAGACGAUGACGAAGUAAAUAAAAAUUCAGCAAUUGAGAAAGCUGUAAAUAAAGAUCCAACAGUAUGCAGUAGACCAUGCAAUUUACAACAAUUAAUAGAACGCGAUAAUUUAGUCUUUGAGACUACUGCACCUUCCAUUACAUGGGAAGAUCUACACAAAGAUGAGAUCUUUCUUAUAGACAUUCCUACUAAGAUGUUAAAAAAGCGAUUGAAGGGGAAAAAAUUAGUCUUAAAAGGAAAGAAAUUAAAACUUGGAAAGUACAGAUAUAAAGUUGCUUACAAAGAUAUAGAUCACAUGUCUUGUGUUUUUAAUAGUGGUAAAUCUCGCAGGCCUUACAAAGCAGUUAAUGUUAAAUCAGUGCUGAGAGUUGUAGCGCAUGAAAAAAUAUUUAAAAAACGAAAAUUAAGUCAACAUGCAAAUGAGACAGUAAACUGUGCAGACUAUGCGAACUAUGCAGAUAAAUGCCAUAAAAAGCAUAAAUUUAAGAAAAAGCAAUAAAAAUUCAUCAAAUAAAGUACACACGUCUCGCGGGCUUAAAAAAUAAAAUACUCUGAUCUUUUAAAUAAGAAUGAUGACUAGAAUUCAGCAUGAAACAUUUAAGAGUUAUACGAACCUACUUCAUUAGAUUUAUUCUAUUAGUUUUUGUAAAUUUUUAUUCGAGUAAUAAAUUAAUUUUUUUCGUUCAUACGAUUUUUGAGAGAUUAAAUAAAUUCGAAUAUUUAUUUAACGAGACAAUAUUUUUAGUGGGCAGCGUGUAACAAAAACAAUUUGUCUAAUAAGGAAAUUUAAUAUAAUAAGAGUAUUUUUAGAUAAGAACGCAGUUUUGUGCUUUAUGCGUGAAACUAAGGAAUAAUAUUGCUGGAGAGAUUAUACUACCUGAGACUACUUGCUGUUUGCGAAUGGGAAGUUUAAAAUGACUAGUCGUCACGUGCAGCCGACCAAUGUCGAUCGUUGCCGAGUAGUACCGAAGCUAUUAAACGAAAAUAAGACGAUUUUAGAUACUAUUUACAAAGUGG